AUGGCCCCAGGCGCCGGGCGACACGACGACAGGGAGUUUGACCACUGCCAGAACGACGAGCUGCGUAUGUGCGGGAUGGCCGGAGAUGAUGAGGACGAUGAUGUCCGCGAGGACGCUGUCGUGCUCUUCGGUCGUUCUGCUGCUGAUCCUCGCCCCGUCGACGACUCCGACCCCCCAGUCGACGUGGCUGAUGCCGAUGGUAGUCAUUUUAGAUCUCUUUGA